UUUCGUUUGGCGCGGCGCAGUCGCUAGAGAGCCGGUGCGGCGAGUUGAGGUGCGCGCCUUUCUUUCCUCGGCCCGGGCAAGGCAAAGCAAAGAGGCGAGUGAGAAGUGUAACGCGAGCAUUGCGAGCGCGAGGUGGCGGUCUGUGUGCUGAUUACGACGACGACGAACGUAGUACUGGAAGAGAUCGCCCCCUUUUUUUUUUCCGAGAGCGUCCUGCAGCGUGCGUCGUGUCUGUGUGCCGGCCCGCCGACAUGAUACCGCCGUCUACUUUUGGAUUUGCGAGUUAGCGCCGGAGACUACGCGUUUGCGGCUGAACUUCAACAGCGACUUGUGCGACGUCACCCAGUGCUCCGGAAUCACCGACGGUCGAUUUCAAAGGAUGGAGUUCCGAGUCCUUCGGCCGUCAACCGUGUUCCGGCAAUGACGCCCCGGGUCCCGUUGAUUGUCCAACUCUCAUCGCCGUCAAGCCGCGGGCUGAACAGCAGCCGGUAACGGGGAGACGCGACUCGAGCUAGGCAUGAGAGCCGGUGGCGAGCGCGGGGCACUCUAAGGCUGCAUCGGCCGCUGCAGCUGCAGACAUUAGCACCAACGGUUGGGGCAACAGCCAUGUUCCAGAACCUCGCCAUGCACCUGCCAUCGUACCAGGACGGCUCGAGCGCCGCGUCGGCGGCCUUCCUGCAUCCGGGCCCACCGGUUUACGUGCCGGGCACCAGACCGCUGGUACCCGUGCCACACCAGUACAUGCAUCACCAUCAGAUGUCGUCCAUGGGCAGCGUGGUCACCUCGUCCGCGUCGUCCCCGGCGGCCCCGUCGGUGGCGGUGAGCUCGAUGGCCGCGGCCUCCAUGCCCCCGGCGCCCGUGUCCCCGGCCGUGGCGCCUCCCCCGCCCACGUCGUCGCCGGCCAGGGGCCACCACCACCACCACCAUCACCACCACCACCACAACCCCGCGACGCCCCAGUCCUCGACGACGCCUCACCAGCACCCGUCGGCCGCCGCUGCCAGCGCGAUGCAGGGACACAGCGGACACCUGGGCGGCGUUUGGGGACAGGCGGUGCGGGGGUCGCCCGACACGGCGGCGGCGGCGGCUGCGGCCGCAGCCGCGGCCGCGGCCCAGUACUCGAGCCCGGCGCCGGCGCACGGACACCUGGCCGCGCACCACGCGAGGUUCGCCUUUCAGGUGCGAUGCACGCAUUGGCACAUGCUAAAUGAAUCGAUGGCGGUAUAUACUUAAUGCAGGAGCUGCAGAUGUAUA